GCGGAGCCAACAAUGCCAAAAUAUCUUAAACUAGUGGAGUUGUGGGACGUUAUUUACCUAUUCCUACUCAAUCUUCAUCGCUCUUCGUCCACGGCGGUGGCGGCGUCGGGCGGCAAACAGAAGAAGAGAGCACAGGCUGGCACCUUCCUUCACAGCAUCUCCAUCGUCGGCCAAGUCUUGGCCUGGUCUAACUCUAAGUCUAAGGGGGAAGCCAAUCGUCGUCGUCGUCGUCGCUCGCGUCCAACUUCAUAGAGGAGCGCCGCGAGUCGAAAUGUAUAGAAAACUAAAAACUAACAAAUAAAAAUGUACCAAUUCAUCUCGAUCUGGAUUCAGUCGUCUUUUGUACGCGAUCGUGUUCAUAUCUUUCCGGCAGUCGCGCGCGGACCGGCAGCUCGGAGGUUCGAUCGGUGGCCAAUCCUAGCGUAGCUUUGGGAGAGUUUGUAAGGUAGCAAAGUGCAAGUCAGUCCUAGAGAUUAGAUCUUUGGCGCGAGUCGGCGGCGGCAGUGGACAGAACUCGGAGCCCGAUCAACGCGCCAUCUGUUAAGCUCAUUCUAAGCGCAAGUGUGAAGUGUUGUGUGUGUGUGUUUUUUGCUAGUUCGAUUAAUUUCCUCAUCUUUUUGCACGAGCAAAAAGAGAACGCGCGCGAAAAAAGUAAAGUGACCAGCUAAGAUCGGUGAUAGAUUCCUGCAAGCCGGAAAAGCCAUAAUCGAAAGUGCAGUCGUCGGAAGCGGAUUCAAUCGUCGUUUAAAAUUCCUAUCAAUGUGGUGCCAGUUAGCAGUUUUGCAACUCGAGUGAAGUGGUCAGUCGGAAUUGUCAACCUUGAAUACUCAUCCCAAGUGGCGGAGAGUGGUGCUUCUCAAAGUUUGGAGGUGUUUUAUGGCCCAAGUGAACCAGCGAUGACAGCCAACUGUUGGAGGAGUAAUUUAUGCCGGUGGCCGUUCCGGAUCUUGGGCGAUGCCCUUCGGCUGCCGUCGGCGUUAUUGCCGGUGUUAAUGCUGGUUUUGCUGACAUCGAGGGCGGCGCCGGUGACGGCCCGGACCUACGAAGAUUGCGAGCAGCCGCCGGAAAUUGGCCACGGAAACGCACGGAUCACGGUGGACGAGAGUGAAGAGUUUGUGACGGCCCAUUACAGCUGCGACGCGGGGUACCGGCUGGAGGGACAGGUGGAUUUCCGGUGCGACAUCGAUUCGGACGAGUGGCAGAUUAAGGAGCUGCCGCGCUGUGUGGCAGACUCUUCCGAUGACGGUGGUGGGACAUCACCACAAAAGAAGCGCAAGAAUGGCCGAGCUCAAAACAUCCAGGAGGAGACCGACGUGAGCAGUGAACUGGCCGCCCAGCUGGACCUGUCCUGCAUGGCUCAGGGUCUGAUUCAUGCACCCGAGAUAGACAACGGCUACGUUGUCAAGUACAACAGACGAAGAAAGGACGACCAGGUGUUCCUGGUGGCGUUCUACGAGUGUGACGACUACUACGAGCUGCAGCCGGCGGAAACGGAUCGAUUGUUUUGCAGCGGCAAGAAGUGGGUGGGGACGAGACCCACCUGUGUGUCAACCCGGCCCGCGGGAGAGGAGGACGAGGAAGACGAGGAGGAAGAAGAGGAGGAUUACGAUGAAGAGGAAGAAGAAGAACAAGAGGAACCUGCCGAAAAACGAGACCAGGACCAAGAGUUGCCGUCGUCGGUGGUGGUUCCAUCGACAACACCUGAUGCUCCUGUAAGUCACAGUCCGGUGGCAGCUGCUGCUACAACCACAGAAGAGCCCAGCGAGCCCGAGCGUCCUUCAAUAUCGGAGGAAGAAACAGGCAACCAGGAAGUGCAUCCUAGCGGAGCGGAACUUGAUUCGAGCCCCAAAAGUGUUGAUGAAGCCACCGAAAAGCCCGACCAGACGGUGAGUGAAGUGAGGAAAGAAACCAAUGAAGAUGAAGAAAUCGAUGGAGAACCGGAGGGGGACGGCGAUGGGGAAGAUGAUGAUGAAGAUGAAAGUGAACAGACGGUACAGAUGACCAGCAGUACUAGUACAACGACGACGACCAGCACUACGACGGAGGAGCCUAGAGAAGAGCCCAGUUGUGGGGACAACCGGGGUGGGUGUGACCACGAGUGUCGUGUAAUCUUCAACGAAAACGAUGUGCAGCCACAAAUUCAAUGCUUGUGCUAUCAUGGAUUCCAGCUCGACUCAAAGGAUGGUCGAACUUGUCACGACAUCAACGAAUGCGAACAUAACAACGGUGGCUGCGAGCAAAUCUGCACCAACCAGCAAGGCUCAUUUGAGUGCAGUUGCCAGUCCGGGCUCCAGAUCGACGUUCUCGAUGGCCGUAGCUGCAUUGAUAUCAACGAGUGUGAAGAUCCGUCUAUAGCUGAACAGUGCUCCAAUGGUUGUGAGAAUACCCACGGUUCUUACCGAUGUUUGCCGGAGGACGAUGACGAGGAAGAUGAGGAUGGUGAAGAAACUGCGCCAGAACCUGACGUGCCUGCGCCACCCACAACGGAAGCGGUCCCAAUCGAAGAGGAGCCCAACAAUGAAAUUUUGCCAAUUGAACACGACGAUGAGGACGAGAACGAGGACGACUACGACGAGGAAGAUGACCGAUUGGACAAUGAGUUGCUGCCACUUCCGUCUCCGCCGCAAACGCCGGAAAUCGAUCGAUCAAAGAUUGAAGAUAGGCUGAACAAUGAGGUGGAAAUUCAUUCACAGCAUCCCCACCGGCAUCAUCACGGUGAGGAAGAGCUGCUGGAGUCCUCCGAAAAUGAUGAGUUUGACGAAGAAGAGGAAAAUGAAACCGAACCUCCGAGGCCGCCUCAAAUUUCCACCACAGAGUCCGCCGUCGUUGUGGUUUCGCCGGCCGCUGGUGGGGCUGACCGGGAUGAAGGGUCUAAUGAAGAGGACGAUGAUGAUACCGAUGACUAUCUGGAGCCCGAGCUUCCGACGACCACCACCACCACCGUUCGCCCAAUUACCUGCCGUGAGGGGCUCAGAUUAAGCUCAUCCGGUGCAUGUGAAGAUAUCGACGAGUGUGUGGAGCAGGAGCAUGGCUGUGACUACUGCCGAAAUGCCUACGGUGGGUACGAGUGUACCUGUCCGGCAGGUUACGAGCUGGCCGACGAUGACAAGACCUGUCAGGACGUAGACGAGUGCGCGACCUACGGCGAAGACGGAGAAGACUACGAUGAGGAUGGGGAGGCCAAGGUGAGCAUUUGUUCGCACGAGUGCGUCAACACGGUAGGUUCGUUCGAGUGCCGAUGUCCGGAAAACUUCCACCUUAAUAUUGAUGGGAGAACUUGUGUGCGGGAUUUCUGCGCCGAUUUGUAUGAGAACCCAAACAAGACCAGAUGUUCCCACGAGUGUAAGGAUGGCACGGAAGGGUUCGUGUGCGGUUGUCCGGAGUUUCACAUCCUGGACGAGUUUGACCAAAAGACCUGCAGGAAUGUGUACAGCUGUGGUGAAGAGUUCAAGAAACGGUGCAAUCCGGGCGUCUGUCGGAUGGUACAGGGUGGAGACUAUCGGUGUGAGUGUCCCGCGGGAUAUCAACAGCAUGAUCACAGCUGUCACGAUAUUGAUGAGUGCGAGCUGGGACGGCACAUGUGUUCGCACGAUUGCCACAAUACGGCUGGAACGUAUGUGUGCAGCUGUCCACGGGGUCUUAAGCUUUCGUCGGAUGAGCGAACUUGUGAUGAUAUUGACGAAUGUCUCGAACAGGAAGAUGAAGAUCUCUGCGGAGAUCUGGAGUGCUCCAACACUUACGGCAGCUACAAGUGUGUCUGUCCGGAGGGCAAAGAACUCGACGAGUACGGCAUCUGCAGGCAGAUGGAUCUCUGUACCACGGACAACGGAGGUUGUUCACACAUUUGUACCUUCUUCAAUCGGGAAACGUACUGCGACUGUCCGGACAGCAUGGAGCUAGACGAUGGUGGCAAGACGUGUGUCCCAAUAAAUGAAUGCGAUCUGAACAAUGGAGGAUGCUCACACGUGUGCAAUCCAGAGUCGGACACACUUUGCGAAUGUCCGGAUGGAUUCAACCUGGGUUCAGAUGCUCGAACCUGUCACGAUGUUAACGAGUGCCAUGAAGACAACGGAGGUUGCCAGCAGAGUUGUUUGAACUUUGAGGGUGGUUACAAGUGCGGAUGCUUCGAAGGAUUUGAACGGUCGGAUAACCGAUCUUGUUCGGAUAUUGACGAGUGUUCCCUGAACCAAGGUGAUUGUGAUCACCACUGUCACAACACGGAAGGAUCAUUCCACUGCUCGUGUCACAGUGGAUACCAAUUAACUGAGAAUAAAAAGUCAUGCUUGGACAUUAACGAAUGUGAAUUGCACAAUGGAAACUGUUCCCACAUCUGCAUCAACCUCCUGGGAGGUUAUCAAUGCUCGUGUCCCAAAGGUCAGUUCCUAACAGAGGACGAUCACUCAUGUGAGUUUGUCAACGAAUGCGAGCUAAACAACGGCGGAUGUUCGCACACGUGUCACUACGCCCACGGUGUGGUCACUUGUCACUGUCCGAAAGGGUUCGAAUUGGAGCGUGGAAACUACAAGACUUGCGUGGACAUCAACGAAUGCGGCUGGAACAAUGGAGGAUGUUCGGACUCGUGCACCAACUUAGCGGGAAGCUACGAGUGUUCAUGCCCGAAGGGCUACGAACUUGGAAGAGAUCACCACACUUGUCACGACAUUGACGAGUGCAUCGAGAACAAUGGCAAUUGCUCGAACAUUUGCAUCAACCUGCUCGGAGAUUACAAAUGCGCCUGUGAAGCCGGGUAUGAACUUGAGGAAGAUGAGCAAACGUGUCGAGAUAUUGACGAAUGUUCAACGCGGUUCCACGAUUGCUCGCACAUCUGCGUGAACGUUCCGGGAACGUUCGAGUGUGAGUGUCCACCUGGAUACGUACUUGGACGGGACAAGUAUACCUGCGAGGAUAUCAACGAGUGCGAGACCCUGCCGGAUAAGGGUGGCUGCGAACAUCACUGCAUCAAUAUGCUAGGAUCGUACCGUUGCGGAUGUGAAGAUGGUCAUCGGUUGGAGUUGGACAACAAAACCUGUUCGGAUAUUGACGAAUGUUCGGAUGAAAAUAAAAAAUGUUCGCAUGAUUGCGUGAAUCUUAAGGGUGGGUUCGAAUGUUCCUGUCCAGUGGGACUACGACUUGAUGUUGACGAGGUGACCUGCGUUGAUAUCGAUGAGUGCAAGAUCAACAGUUUCAACGGGGGAUGCUCGCACAUUUGCGAGAACCUGCACGGGAGUUUCAAGUGUGAGUGCCCCAAAGGGUGGCUUCUAAGCGAUGACCAGGCAACCUGUGAGGAUGUUGACGAAUGUUUGAACCUCAACGGCGGAUGCAGUCAACGCUGUGUUAACCUUCGUGGAGGCUAUAAAUGCGAUUGCAACGCUGGAUAUUCGUUGAUGGCUGAUAACAAAACGUGCGAAGUGAGCAAUCCAUGCGCGUUGAGGAAUGGAGGUUGCCAACAUAGCUGCAGUUUGAAGAAUGCCUUACCUGUCUGUUCCUGCCGAGAGGGAUACGUGCUGAACAAGACCAACAUGGCCACGUGCGUCGAUCAUAACGAGUGUCAAUCGCCCAACGAUAACAACUGCCAGCAAAAGUGCGUCAAUACCGAAGGAUCGUACCGUUGCGAGUGCUUCCCAGGGUUCGAGCGGAAUGAACUUGGUCAGUGUUUGGAUGUGAACGAGUGUCUGGAGAACAAUGGUGGAUGCAGUAAAAACGCCCGGUGCAUUAACUUGGCCGGAAGCUUCCGGUGUAUGUGUCCUCCAGGGUUCAAAAUAGGCAAAGAUCGGAGGACGUGUUUCGAGAUCAAGGAUCGCUGCAUGAUGUUGAAGGCACCGAAGAAUGGAGAAAUGCGAUGUUCCAGAUCUCGGCACAAGGCGCAACUGUUCUAUCGGACAAGAUGCUCAGUUUGGUGUAGCAAAGGAUUCAAGCUUGUUGGUCCUUCUACGAAGCACUGCAACGGAACUGGACACUGGGAUGACGAACGGGAAUCGCUUUGUGUUCCACAAUCUUGUCCGCGCCUUCAACGUCCCGAGCAUGGAACGAUCCUACCGGUAGCUUGCAUGUCCGGAAAGAUUUUCGCCGGUGAACGAUGUGUCCUGCACUGCAAGCCGGGCUUCAAACCGGUUGGCAAGCGAACGGCAGUUUGCGACGGCGAGCAAAAGUGGACACCAACACCGAACCUGCAGUGCGUUCCGCAGACCACUCCGACUCCGGUGCCCAUCAAACCCUACAUCCAGUGUCCGGCGGAUAUGCACGCGGUACUUCCCGUGGGGCAGUACACGAUGAAGGUGAAGCUGGACCAGCCCAAGACGAACGUCGACUGGUUCCGGUUCGUUGACGCUCACCCAGCUUGGGGCAAACAGCUGGAAGCGGAGCUACCCGCCGGAGAAACGGCCGUCACCUUCCGAGCCAGGAGUCCCAACUCUGCCACGAAUGACGUGUGUCGAGUUUUGAUAAAGAUAAGGGAACGAAGACCGCCUCAGGUCGUCAACUGUCCGGACUCGUUCAACGUGCAACUGGAACGUCAGGAAACGUCCCGGUCGGUGUACUGGGUUGAACCCACCUUUGAGACUGAGUCCGAGAUCAAGCAGUUGUACAAAUCUCACACGCCAGGUCAGCUGCUGAUCGCGGGAGUUCACUACGUCAAUUAUGUGGCGACCGAUGACGAUGGACUUAGUUCCAAAUGUAGCUUUGGAAUCACUGUAAAGGCAUCUCCUGAGCCCAUCGAGCCCAGAAGGACAGCGUAUCGUCCGCUGGAAACAAAUCGGCUGGAGAACCACGAUUCCUACCUAAUUUGUCCGGGCAAGUCACCCAUCCGAAUCGAUUCCAACAAUCCUCUUCACAUUCCCCAAGGUUGCGUGGUGAAAAACAUCCGAAUUAAGCAGAAGCUGGCUCGGCUACGCCAUCAGCAGCAGGUCCUUCAGCGGCACCUGCAGGAACUCGAGGAGGCACCCAACCCGGACCAGUCGCUGAUUCAGCAGCAGCACAAACGAUAUGACAACCUGCUGAGAUAUUAUUCAUCGUGGGACAACGCUUUCAGCCAGCAACAGCAGCAGCAUCCUUACGAACAUAAUCCGUACCAUCAUCAGUAUCAUCAACCAACAGAACCAGGCCAGCCUCAGCGUCGGUGGUUCAAGAAGCGCAGUAAGGACGAACUCGAUAUCAAUGGUUCAAAGGUGGAGAAAUCCAGUGCAGCUUCCGCAACAACAGCGACGACCGAAAAACCUUGAACCCAGGGCCCUGGCAGCUUUCCCUUGAAUUUUCCUUUCCGCUGACUAAUACGUGAGAGUGUAACCGCGCGAGUGUAAUAUGUGCUUAAAUACUUGACAUUUUUCAUAAUACUCCCUCUUCCCGACUCACUUUCUCCAGAUUAUAUCGCUUUUUUAUGCUGCCAAGUCUUUUUAAUCGAAUCGAAUGUAUUUAUGAGUGGCUCUUAUGGUAUGAUGAGAGCACGAGAGGAUGCUUUGUUUGGGGAAAAAUCGAGCAUUUUUCCAUACUCGAAUGAAUGCGACGGGUUAUAAAUCAGGGACCAGGGAAAAAUACACAGCAAAGAUAUAAUAACACAUACACACACUGAACAAGAGGGAAGUGCAUCUUUCGAAGAUGGCAAACGACUAGAAUUAAUAUAGAUAGCAAGUAAGCUGCUUGGCGCUGCAGAGAGAGAAAGCAAAAAAGUUGAAUAAUGGAAGCGAAUAAAAAGUCGAAAGGAUCUUCGAUGAUAAUGCUGA